AUGCUGUCCGUAGGCAAGUGGAGCCCACCGUACUUGACUCAACAGCCUGGAGAAAGAGCCUUGACUCAAAGCAGCCCUCCCCCGGCGGGACGUGGAGAGCACGGCGGCAGUAGCAGCGAGCAACAAGCGCACCAGCUGUAAGUAAACACAAAGAGCUGCUGACGUGUCAGAUAUACGAGUGUUUUCUUUAUCAGCCGGUGUUUGCCUACAAGGGAGCCACCGCCACAACCCUCCCCACCCGGUCCAAGCUUCAUCUUAUGGCUCCUGACGAUGCGUAUCUGGCCUGAUUUGAUUAUGUAAAUACAAUGGAUUUCCCCCCCAACCCCACCCACUGCUACCCAAAUGGAGUCACUGAUCCGUCUUGCCUGGAAAACCAUGGUGUGAAAAGAGUUGACAUCAAAGAGACAGGGAGGCAGGAAGAAAAUGGGAGGAUUUAAAAAAUAAAAACACACAAACUCCCACUGGUAAAAAAUAAGGCAGUAUCAAGGGACUGUUAGAGGGGACACACGAGUGAGAAAUGGGAUCAUGUGCACCCUAGGUGAGAGAGAGGGGUGGCUUGAGUGAUAGGUUUUUGUUUCCUGCUGCAGGAUUGAUUGGCGUUCCUAACAUAAAUCAUUAGAAGAAGAUGAACAUCAGAGGAGUCUGGCUCCUGGAUCAGGCCAAAGGCCCAUCUAGUCCAGCAUCCUGUUGUCACAAUGGCCAACCAGAUGCCCCAAUGGGAAACUGGCAAGCAGGAAUUGCAUGAAACGGCCACUCUUCCCACCUGUGGUUUCCAGUGAAGCAUACCUGCCUCCCCUUUACAUAACAAGGGAGAAAGGUACAGAAUGAACGGAAUCCUUCUCCCUCCCAUUCUGAGCACCUGAGAAAGUAACAGAAGGGUUUUUGGCUAACCCCUUCCCACCCACCUGAAAGAUCAGAUUGUGCCAAUUUGGCCGUGCUGCAACAGACAUGCAAAACACACAUCUAAUCAUUUGAUAGCUGCAGGUUGUUAUGAGAAUUGUGUCUGUUGGGAAAGGAUCUAUUUUAUUAAAUUUAUUAUUCCGUUACCACAAAUUAUCCCUGAGAAGGUAGCCCUUCUAGGAGAAGGAAAACUGAUCCUAAACAUCCGCUGCCUUGCAGGAUCACUUUAGAAGAAGAUAAGGCUAAGGAGUAAACCCUACACAGACCCAGAGCGGAGUCCCUAAGAUGGCUGGAUGGCACCUUGUACGCCUCCUUCCAGCAACUCCUGCAGCCAAGCUGGUGCCAAAUGUAUUGGUCUGCUUUCCUUUGGACCACAUUAGUGAGGCCAAGAUCAUCAUCUAGGCAUCCCAGAACUUCCAUAUACAUUGCCCAGUCUUGCACUCUGCAGGGGUCACUUUGGUGCUGUUAAAACCAUGUGGGAGGCAGUAGUUACGAGUUACCAGUCUCUGCAGCUGCAGCAGGCACUGUUAAUCUCCAGCGUUUUGACUUCACCCUCGGAGGUGCACUCCAUUGUCUCUUGAGAUAGAUGAAUGCCAGCCACAAUCUCAACGCCAUGUUAUACUUGCAACAACCCUGUCAGGUAGAUUAGACGAUUGCCUACACCAAGGUUACUUGGUGGCUGUGCAGGGAUUUGAAUCUGGAUCUCCUUGGUCCUAAUCUGACAUUCAAGAACUACAAACAUCAGGUUGGCUUUCUGUAAUAAUCAGUGUAAUACCACCAGGCUGAAUGACACAAUUUUUGCCACCGCACCUGGUAUAGUGAAUAAUUUACCCUUCAUGCUGCAAACAGCUCUGCUUCCAAAGCCUCGACUUUACACCAAAGCUGACAAGGACAGCUAGAGGCAAACAUCAAACUCGACUAGAGCACAAACAACACACGUAAGUUGCAGGUUAGACUUCAGAAUGAGGGCAUUUCACCCCCCCCCUUUCCAUUUUAUGGGAUUUCUGCACUCGAUCAAGGUCAAAACUCUAUUAAAAAUACCCUGUAGGUCCUCAAUCUUGAAAAAUGAACUGGUAAUACAUUUGUCAAGUUAAUCUGUGGAUUGCCUUCUCACAUAAGAACCAGCUGUUGUGUUUCGGAGGACAGGCGGCGUUUACCUCUAGGGACGAGAACGCCAAGAUCAGUGGGAAAGAAGGAGGGCAAGGUGCGGUCCUGCUGCCUGCACAUUCUGCCAAAUCAUUUGCUCCCAUCUAGCCCACACAAUAGUUCAGGUGGUGAAAUUGUUCCUGGAAAGGGAUGGGGGGAGGUCUGCACUGCUGAUGGAGUGACACUGGCUUCACUCCGCAGGUGGGAAGCAGGCAGAGGCUGGGCAGAGGGACACCAAAAUAACCCCUAAGACUGGCAUAAGGGGGGUAAGGAUUGCUCUGACAAUAUACUUUUGAAAGCUGCCUUGCAAAUUCCCUCUAACAGCGAAGUCAGUUGAUUAGUGCCAAUUUGGGGUGGAUCCAUCUGUCAAUAUUAUGCAAACAACAAAAAUUUUGCCUUUUCUCUGUUUCUCCUUUUUUGUCAGCCUUAAAUCCAGUUCCCCACAUUUCUGCUUCAGUCCACGGUGGUUGUUUUUAAAAGCCCUAAUGAAAAUACACCAUCGUAUGUGCACACACAUAUUUUUGUAUGUUGUUUUGACUAAAACACACAUAUUUGGAAGUGGCUCCCCCCCAAUAUAAUGCAUUUGUGUGUGGUUUUCACUAAUAACUGUAUUUUUACACACACUUCCCUGCACACUUUUGCACACAUGAUUGGGACGGAGAAGUGCACUGCAAGAUUCAGAGAUGCACAAACUAUGAUGGGCAGCUCUGUCUCAGUUCAUACAUUGAACCAGGGAGGGUGAAUUAGGCAGAGAAGGGGAGGACAGAGGACGAGAUGGCUGGACAGUGUUCUCGAAGCUACCAGCAUGAGUUUGACCAAACUGCGUCAGGCAGUGGAAGACAGGAGUGCCUGGCGUGCUCUGGUCCAUGGGGUCACGAAGAGUCGGACACGACUAAACGACUAAACAACAACAGCAACAGCAACAGCAACAUACUAAAAUGCAAACUGAAUUGAAUUUCUUCCCAUUCCUAGUAGUGAGAGCUAUGCAGCCAAAAAAGAAGCGGCAGAGAAACAACAGGGGGCAUCAGGCUCCUUGGGGGGAAGGAUUUGAAAAAGCUUUCAAAUCUUUUUCCAAGAUUUGAAAAAGCACCCCCCAAAAAUUUGAGGGGAGAGUACAAAAUAUCCCCCAAACAGCCUGAUGAGGAUGGAGCAAUACUGAGUAUGUGUUUAAGUGGGGGCAGAAAACCAGGAUGGCAAGUGUGUGGAAAUGGAACCUGGAAAAAAGCAUGUCUAGCUGGCUAGGACCCUGAAAAGAAGUGCUCCAUUUAAGACAUGCGUUAUCAAAUAAAUAUCUGACAUGUGGCCCCUUUUAGAGAAACAGCUAUGACCUAAGAGGCCAAUGUCUGCAGAGCUGACUUUGAGGUGUGGCCUGGCUUGGGGAAGGCUGGUUACUGCUCUGUGCAGGCUCCCAAAUCUCAUCAGAAAUAAUGUCUGUUUUAAUCUCAGUUUGUAGCGAGUUCCUACACAACUAGCUAAAGACAAUGCACUCCUCACUGCAACAUUUUGUUGUGGUGGUCACCUGUUAAAUGCCUUUACUAAAACAAGCAAACAAAUAAUGGGAUCCUUUUCCACAGGGUUGCUAUUUGGAUGAGUAAGGAAGCAGGAGAAAAGAAGCAAGAGGAAGUUUCAUAAUCAGACCGGUCGCCUUAAGAUUAUUUUUUUAAAAAGAGACGAGAGGAAGAAAGGAGGUGCCAAAGAGUGACUGGGGGCAAGGAUUUGAGUUGCCUUGUAGGUUAAAGAGCUUGAACAUGUUGGGAGAAAGAGACAGGGAGAAAACACUUUGCCAGUGGUGUGUUAAGAGUGAUAAGUGGAGAGGGCAGAGGUUGCAGUAAUUAAGGGGAACAAUGGCCUAGGAAAGCAUUUCAGCGCAUAGCAAGCAGCGUGUCAGUCCAUCAAAAGAAACCAUUUCUAUGCUCCAUGUGCACUACACAAACUCCAAGGCACAUCGUCAAGGCAGGGCAGGAACGUCAACUGUUUGUAAAUUUGCAUCUGUACAAAUAAAUUAGUGUAGACAAAUGCUAUGCAAAGAAAUGUCUUCCUUUGACCUUUUUUGGUGACAUCAAAGUGGCUGCCCUUCUUAACUUGUGGGUGGAAACGUAAUGGAAGCUAGUGUAGCAGCUGCAAAUCUGUCUGAACUAAGACAUCAUCAUAAAUUUGGACAUGGUGAUAAACUAUGGCUUAUUGUGAUGGGAAUGAACCAAGUCUCCCAGGCUGGCAUGUCCCUCUCCAGUCCCCUCCUCAGGCAUGGCCACGUAGAGGAGUUUGGAAACUUUUGCUUCUGGUUUCAGUUUAGCAUUACGUCUCAAUCUGAAUUGCAGUUAAAGAUAACUACGGUUUGUCAAAAUAAGCCAGCUUCAUAAACCAUGAUGUGAAGCUGACUUAUUUCAAGCAAACCAUAGUUAGGAUUACCCAUAGUUUGUCAGGUUCAAAUGGCAUGACAAGUUAUCAUUAGUGAAAGCUUCCAAACUUCUCUUUGCAGCUUUGCGAGAGGAGGUGAAAAUAUCCCAGUUUGGAAGAAGGAGGCUAAGCUCAUCCAUGUCUUCUGUCAUGACCCUGGGAUCGGAUUCUCUUCUUCAUGGAAUGAGACUGAGUCAGAGGGGAGAAUGUACACAGGACUGCAUCCAUAGACAUGACCACAAGAUGAGCCAACGGGGUCUGUGCCCCUCCAGACCAUUGCCACCCUCUGACUCAGAAGACUUCUUUGUGGAAGCCCAAGUCUACCUUGCCCUGUUAGAGAAAAAGACUGCUAGAUCGGGCUGGGCCACUUUGACUAAAGAAGCACAUUGCAGUGAAGGCAGAAUCUUUUCUGUGGUGGCUCCCUACUUGUGAAAUGUUCUAACCAGGGAUACUCACCUGGAGCCCUCGUUACACAUCUUUAGGUGCCAGGCAAAAACAUCCCUCUUCUCCCAGGCCUUUGGCUAAUGAAACACUUUUCAGCCUUGUAAACUUUGUGCAUGUGUGGGAUAUUGGAUUUGUUUUGUUUUGUUCCUAUGGUAUGUAUUUUUGUGGUUUUACAUUGCAGGCAGCUCUGUGAUGUUCAAAUGAAAAGCAGUAUAGAAAUUUAAUAAAGAAGAAUACGAAAUGUAUACCUUUUGUGCUUUCUGCAAUUUCCAUUUAUAAUAAUAAUAAUUGGGAUGGACCUGCUGCUCCUAUAUAAGGCUCGUUUCUAAGGCUGAAUGAUGCUGAAGCAACAAGAGGUUUGCCCUCUUACUGUAUGGUUUGCCCUCUUACUGUACCUGCCCUGCAGAUAUUAGCACUUGCCUUGUAGCAUCUUCCUGAUGCCUCAACGCAGCCUUAGAAUGUUUCCAGUCCCUACAAUUUAUAACUGCGUGCCAUUCACCUGCUGCUAUCAAUCUUCUCUCAAGGAGCCCCAUGCCCCUUCCAAGAUUUUCUAGCUGCACUGAAAAGGACCAAAUCAUGCCAGGAGCUCCACUUUCAAGAAAGCCAGAUGCUAUCAUGGCCUGGCCUAACAGAAUGGCGAGGCCCUAAAGAAAACCCACCAUGAUCCCAACAGUAUGAUCAGGCUAGUAAUCCCAACAAGAUAAUCACAGAUGUUGUGACCUACUUAAAAAUGAGUUCAUUUUCCAGAUAUCCUGUUUCAGCCAGCUUAUUAGGAUAUUACCCAUUGGAAGGUUUAAAGGCAAAUCAAGGUUCCGGCUUACUCCUCCAGGAUGUAGGUUUCCCCUUGCCACGGCAGUCAUGCCUAUAUUGUGUGAAAUUGGUAUAUAAUCCUUAAAAGCAUCUUGUUUGGGGGGAUGACAGACACUGCCCUUGUGUUCCAGCACAUCCCUCUUCCCGCUUGAUAUCCAACAAAUGGCCAACAAUGAGAAAGUAGCAUUCCGUACCACACAACAGAGGACAACAAAAGCUUUAAAAAGAAAACGGGAAAUAAAAAUGUGGAUUUCAUUGAAAGAAGAGAGCCCUACAUGGUCUGUUGUGAACUGAAGAAGGCAAACUAAAAACAAGCCUAGGCAAACAGAGGGUAGGAGGACACAGAAGAUGUUCAGUGCUCUAAUAAUGCCAUCCAUCUUUAUAUUAUUAUUAUUAUUAGCAGCAGCAGUUGUAGUGAUACUGUUAGUUUACAUCCAAUGUUAGUGCUGCAGACAUAAGUUCAUUACUUUUAAGGGGUUUAUUCUGAGUAGGACUUUUUUUGGAAACAACACAUAAUAUUUAAUAAUGAUUGAAUAUUUAAUUAUUAUUAUUUAUUAUUAUUAUUAUUAAUGAUAAGAUUUCUUUGCUACUAAAUAUACAGAACUGUAUAUGACUUGGAUGCACAAUGAAAAAACAGCCAUCAUGAAGGAGAGAAACAACAACAUGGAAAAGGAGGUGGGAAGUUGACCAAAAAUAAAAUCGAAGACGAAAUUGUGUUUUGAUUGUAUAUGUUAAGAAUGUUGAAACUUAAUAAAAUAUAACCAGUGGGGGGGGGGGGGCGGGAACCAGCUGUCAUGUUUAACAACAAAACAAGAAAAACUCAGACUUCUGAGGGAUUGUCAGCUAUGGGUCUUGGUGGCAGAGCCAACUCCAAUUUCUGGAAGCCUGUUGGCCUUGAUACCCACAGUGGAUCCAUUCUCAAAGUGGGUCGUUCCCAUUCCUCACUUCUGCUCCUGCUGCUCACGUCUCUGGGACCAAUCUGUACCAUCGUCCAGAGUGCGAGUGCGAGACAAGGCUCUCCUCACCCUGGUCAGGUAACAGCAAGGUGGUGCAGCAGAACCAAGAGCCACAGGAAUGGACAGAGGGCCCUCGGAAGAGUUGGCAGCUGCCCACGGAUCCCUAUCCCUGAUGCUGGGCCAUGCAGGGAGGAUGCGUCUAUUGUCAGUCUAAUCAUGUUGGUGAUAUGGAACCUCCAUGUUCAAAGACCCCUGAAUGUCAUUGCAGGAGACGGUUGUUGCCUCCAUGACCCACCUUUGAGCUUCCUAGAGGCAUCUGACUGAUCAACAUAGGAAAUAAGGAAGCUAGACUAGAUGGGCAUUUUGACAUGAUGCAGCAGAGCCUUCUCAUAUCCUCCACUCUGACAGUACUGGAUCAGACAAAAAGAGACCCAUCUAGUUCAGGAUCCUGCUUCCCAUAGUAGCCAGUCCAGUGCAACACUCUUUUCCUGUCCUGAUGAGCUGGCUGCUAAUGGAAUGGGAUGCCAGACCUCUUUUUAAACUCCCCCAACCUGCCCUUUUCUUCCAACCCACAGCCCAGCUCGGAAACGCAUCCGGCCCUGUUUUUCAAAUUCAGCACAGUCCUUUCGCUCCGAUGACUAUUUUAGGGAGUUUAUUCCAGAACAGCACACCUCCGACCAUCAAAAACAUUCCUCUGCUCUCCGGUCUAAAUGUAGAAAUUAGAUUGAGAAGAUAGCAAACAUGCAUCCCUGCCAAGUCGUCCCCCGCCUUCCAUUUUGAUGGGAGACAUGUGCGCUACCAAACCUUCGCUCUGUUUCCACGCCCCCCAAAAGGCAGGAUAUUCCCCGGAUUGCAAAAAGUAGAAAUGGCUGGUGCCAAAGGGUCAGCAUUUUCCAAAAUGAGUCGACACCAGCUGCAGCGUAUUACUUGGGGGGAAACUUUUUCGCUUGGAUCUUAAAUGGGUUUUGAAGCCCGGCUGUCAACUGCCUCCGUAUCACCCUGUUCUAAUAUGAUUGAACCGCCUGUUCCUUUUAUGGACUUGUUCUCUCCUAAUAAAACAGUAACGGCAGGUCUCGGAGGCUGUUUCAGGACCACUGGCUAUAAUCUCACGAUAACCUUCUGCCUCCCUUCUCUCCCCUUCCCCAAACCGCUCCCCCCACCCCGAGCUGACAUACUUGUGAAACGUUAAUCGCUCCAUAUUUAAUCUUAAAACACUUGCACAGGCAAGCUUCAGAACAGUUGCCCUAAUUUCCACCACCCCCACCCAAGAGUCUCAUUCCACCUCCCAGUUAUUUUAAGAGUUCAGAAACUUUCAAAAUGGCCCGUUUUCUUGAACGGACACACACACAAAUAAAACCAGGCAAACACCCACAGAGGGUGAUGCCUCCAAGCUGUUCCUCAGAUCCCAAAUGAGCAGAAAAGCUGUUCCUACUCAGAUUUUGGAUGCACUCCACGGCGGCGGGGGGGGGGACACCCCAAACCCAACGAUGUCCAUCUUUUCUCUUGGUAAAGGAGCCAAUGCCCAAAUUUUUUAGGUGUGAACUAUUUCCAAGCUUCAGAACACACAUGAAAUGUGGGGCUUGAACUGGGGCAGGAAACUGAGGGGGAAACACACUGAGCUUUAAGAAAGACAAAGGAAAGGUCUUUUUUCACAGGCGAAAGAAAUCUAAAAUAGUGUGAGUUUAUCAUUAAAAGUCCUCUGGGGCCAAAGCUAUGUUCACCUUUCUCUCCUGCAAACAUUUGAACAGAGUCCAUCAAUGAGAGACUAUAAAAUCCUGGAUUUUUCAUUAGGUUACAUUUUUAAAGUCUUAAAGAAGAAGAAGAAUAUCUCAGAUUCCUGGAGCGUAAGACUACACCACCGAAGGGGAAGUUCAACCUGAAUCUUAGCAUUUGUUCUUAGGAUUUGGUACAGGGUUUUUUGUUUCAUUUUUUUUGCCGAUAUAAUUUUUAUUAAGUCUCCAGAAAUAUUCCAAAACAUUUAUUGGAAUUUUUUUUAAGGCAACCUUGCAACGAAAUCCCACUGCUUAAAAUGGCCUCCCCCCAAAAGCAGAGGCAUUCCUUUUGGGAAUGGUACAGGUACCCAGAUUUAUGAAUGACACUAUUGCAGUCGGAUUUUGUUGUCACAGAAGUGGAGGGUGAGGGAGGUCCCUAACAAGGAAGAUUGGCAACUAAAAACGAUAGAAUAUGCAGAGCUAGCCCGUUUAACUAGCAGAAUUAGAGAACAAAAGGAUCAAGUAUAUAAAGAGAAAUGGAAAAUUUUUGUGGAGUAUUUGGAAAAGAACUGUAAAUAUGGGGAAACGUUAGCAGGAUUAAGGUAAAUUCAACAGUAUAACAUAAAAUAAAGGCACAAUAAAAGGAAAAGAGAACUAAAUGGAUAUAUAAGGAUAUGCAGAAAUCAUGGAGAAAUCAAAGGAACCAGGGAAGGGGAAGAAGGGAAGUCGUAAAUGAUUGUUUUAUUAGAAAGUAAGAUACGAAUGAGGGAAAUGUUGCUUUCAAUGUGAAUGUGGUUCUGGAAACUGUAAUAAUGAAAAAUUGAUAGAAAAAAAAUAAAAUUAAAAAGGAACUGGGAGGCCAGAAGGCAGAGACCAAAAGUAGGUGGAGCCAGUGCCAUUGGUGGGUGGGGCCAAGUCAUUCUGGUUCUGGCCCUACCCUCCUCUUCGCAGCCGAGUUAUACAAGGGCAACACCGACACCAAUGCCACCGUCAUUGUUUUUCCUGGAUCAGUGCUAGAAGCAUAAACUGAGGUGCAAAUGAGAUGAUUCCCCCCACCCCUCAAAAGGCAAUAGUGGAUUAGAAAGAGGGAUCAUGGCAUAUGUACUCAGCCCACUUUCCCCACUGAUCAAACCGGUCCAGCAGGUUUUUGUAUAAUUUCAAAAACCUGCACACACUAUUUAACCAUUGCCGACAGCAGGACAAAAGAAUACGUGUGCACGCUAAGGAAAAAAAACCCCAUUCCCAAACUAAAAAAGUACCCAGAAACAUCAGCCCCUGCAUGGCAUGAUUGGAAAAAACGAAAUAAAACCGAAACCUUUACAAUCCGUAUAUUCGGUUUGUUUUCCGAAACGGCGCAAAAAAUGUUACCUACUCCCCGAACGGUUAUUAGUCUCCGUAAUGUAACCUAAGAGAUACUUUCUAAAUCCUUUUAGGCCUCCUCCCCAUUUACUGGAAAGAUCAUCAUUUUCUUUUCUGUUCUUCUUUUUUUUGUAUUCUCAUUCCCCCACCCCAAGUGGAUUUAAUAAAGAAAAGGAGUGCUGUUAAAGUAAUACGUGAGGCUUUGACGUUAAGCAGUACAGGCCUGCCGACUUGGAGGAACAGGGACUCUAAUCUCCAGUGAUUUAUGGAGGGCUCUUCCUUCAUCUAGGCACUCGGGGAGGGCCAGAAAGUUUAGAGACAGGCUGGCGUCCCCCUUUACUCCAAAGCACCAACUCCUGCUGGCCGCUUCGCGUGCUAACAUUUUUUUUAACUGCUUCGGCGCUGGCUUGGCUGUUUGGAAAAGCUGCGCCUGCCCUUUUCGAGAUAUGUGGCUCUUAGCUCCGGAGAGAUGCCUAUGGGAGGAAAUAGUUGCCCCGGCCAUUGGAAAAUGUACACACAGAGGAGAAGGCAGUGACAGGGAGAAAAGAAAGGCGCAAAAGAGGAGGGAGGGGAGAAGAGUUGUGUGUGUGUGUAAGUUCAGGAGCAGUGCAAAAGGGUUCACAUACUGCUCAAGUUUCUAAUCAAAAGAGGCAUUUUCAUAAGGCACUUCCAUUCAGACACACAUGUGAAGUUAAGGAGAGCUUGGCUGUGGGAUCAGGCCGAAGUCUCAACUAGCCCGGCAUCCUGUUCUUGCAGUGGGCAACAGCACACUCCCCACUUGGGAUCCCCAGCAGCAAACUUUCAGAGGCAUGUUAUUAUUAUUAUUUAUUAAAAUUCUAUACUGCUCUUCAUCCGAGGACCACAGUUCACAAUAUAAAAACACAAAAAUAGUAAACCCCCCCCCCCAGUUUAAAAGGCCAAAGACGGUUUAAUUAGCCAAAGACCCAGGAGAAGUUUUUGUCGGGCACCUGAAGAUAUGUAACAAAGGCGCCAGGGCGAAGCUUCCUGCGGAGAGCAUUCCACAAACAGGGAGCCACUGCAGAAAAGGCCCGUUCUCAUGUUGACACCUUCUGGACCUCUCAUGGCACACAAAGAAGGGCCUAAAAUGACGGUCAUAGGGUCUGGGUUGAUUCAUAUGGGGAGAGGCAGUCCUUGAGGUAUUGUGGUCCUGAGCCAUUUGAGGUUUUAUAGGUCAGAACCAGCACUUUUAAUUGGGCUUGGAAACUAAUUGACAGCCAGUGUGUUCGGGCCAGGGUAGGUGUUAAAUGCUCGGACUGUCUUGCCUCGGGGACCAAGCUGGUUGCCAAACUCUGCACCAGCUGAAGAUUCCAAACCGUUUUCAGAGGCAGCCCCAUGUAUAACAUGUUGUAGUAAUCUAACCUAGAGGUUGCCAUAGCAUAGACGACAGAAGUUAGGCUAUCCCUGUCCAGAUAGGGGCACAGCUGGGCCACCAGCCGAAGCUGAUGGAAGGCACUCUGUGCCACUGAGGGCACCUGAGCCUCAAGCGACCGCAAUGGAUCCAGAAGUACCUCCAAGCUGGUAUCUGCUCCUUCAGAGGGAGUGUAACCCCAUCAAGAAGAGGCCACCUCCCACCCAUCCGGACUAGGGAACCACCAACUAACAUUGCUGCUGUCUUAACCUGGAUUGAGAUUCAGUUUAUUGGCUCUCAUCCAGUCCAUUACUGGGGCAAGACACUGGUCCAGCACAUCCACUGCCACACAGGCAAAGGUAAAGGAGAAACAGAGUUGUGUGUCCUCAGCGGAAUGCUGACAACACACUCCAAAACUCCGGGUGACCCCCACUAUAGUGGUUUCAUGUAGAUGAGGGAUAAAAUCGAACCCUGAGGAACAUGCACUGAAGGUGCCAAAGAGCACUUGCCAAGCAUCACCCUCUGCAAACAACCAUCCAAGUAGGACUGGAACCACCACAAAGCGGUGCCACCCACCCCUAACUCAGACAGCCACUCCAGAAGGAUACCAUGGUUGAUGGUAUUGAAAGCCACUGAGAGCUCAAAGGGAAUUAACAAUUUCCCCUGUCUCUAAAAUCAGCUGAUAGGUCGCCAUCAGAAACCAUGCUGAUGCUGGAGAGAAUUUGGGCAUGGUAUGAAUGGCACCUUUGUGGGGGCAUCUCUGCUCUCAAAACCUGCUACCUUUCCCCAAACUGUGCCUGAAAUUUGCCACUUUGGAUGUGAUCUUCAGGCCAACCAGUGCUGGCUCCUGGAUUUUGGGUGGUGUUGUGCAUGCUCACUCCAAAUCUGGAAGAGGCACAGCAUUCAGUCUUCUGAGCAAUGGUGGCUGGUGCCCAUUGGAAAUGCUCAGGCAGAAGGCAGGGAGGCCAACAGUAGGUGGAGUGAGAACCAAUGACACACAGAGCCAACUCAUUCUAGUUUUGUCCCCAUCCUCCUUCCUACUGAGUUCUCCAAGGGCGAAACUGAGACUAAGGAGGAGGAAGCCAAUAGGCACUGCCACUCCUUAGACUAGUUGUAAUUAAGAGGACAGACAAGGGAGGACUGAGGUCAGUGAGGCAGUGCGUCACCAGUCCCAAUGGAGUGAUGUCCACUUCUUCUAGAUGUGCAAAGUGGGAAAUGGGGGCACUUUGCAGUGGGUCCUCUGCUGAUCUCGGGGGCUCUGGCAAAUGCGCAACUGUGCUGUGCUCUGCAAUCCCACUCACGAAUGAGCCAGUCUAGGGAAGCAUCCUGCAAUGACCAUGAGAAAGCAGCUGUCAUUCCCAUUAGUGGUAAGAUGUGAUGUGGGGGCCAAUCAAAGGCUUAGAAUACCCUGUAUGUGUGGACUGGAAGGAUCGGAAGUGCUGAAACAGCACACCCGACCACCUAAAUUACAGCUGUUUGUACUACCCGAAGUUUGAGCCUUGCUAUUAUCUUGUGGGCAAAGCAACCAUCAAUCCGGCGUCCAGCGUUCCCCCCACCACUUCACUUUCCCCCCUCCUCCUUUGAACCAGCCAUAUAAACCUUCAUGGGGGAGAAAUCCAAGUCACAUUUUGACAACCACAUGCAAAGCCAGCCAGCCACCCAACGCACCAUGAAUCCGCUUGGAAUUCAGCAGCAAGAUUUUCAAAGUUGAAGAUAAAAGAGAUUAAGAUCUCGGGAAGGAAAGGGGAAGGAGGAAAAAAAAAAUAGAGUGAUUCCCUUGCCAGCAUCCACAUUGGCCAAGCAAACCAAUAUUUAUACUUGGUGGGAGAGUGUCAAAAGGGAAGUGAGGAAGUGUAGUGUAUGCUCAGUUCUCAUCUAGUCGCUCUGGAGAAAGAGACGGCCAAACCCACGACUCGUGGUUACCUGCCAUGCUCGGCUGUUACACAACAGGGAUGGAGGGGUAGGCUUGAACAUCUCCUAGCCAUUGUGGCACCAGGGCCUCAGUGUAAAAUUAGGAACAUAUUUUGCAAUCCAGACCACAAUAAAUGUGCCGUCCGCCUCAACACAAACAUACCCCGGGGGUGGAGAGUAAACAUUUACACACAAGCAUCUGACACGUGGGCAAGACACUUGACAACAUGUGUGUCGCAAUUUGCAAAGUGUCACUCUUCAAAGCCUGCGGUGAUCGGAAACAUACGGGGCCUUUUGCUAGGGCUUUGCCCAAGGCUCCCCACGGUGGUCAAAAACAGCAUCCGUGGCACGACCAACCAAUCACUUUCAACCUUUGUUAUGACAGCGGAUGGAGAGACUGGAUCCCUCACAGAUGCCUCUCUUUUCCCCAAACUCCAAAACACAAUCAGCUUUGCGGAUAAAAUGUAAAAGCUGCUUCCUAGCAUUCCAUCAUACUCUAGUGUGACCAAGAGCAGAACUCAUAAAGGGGGGGGGGGAGCUAUGCAGAGUGGAAUGGGCUUGGUCACUUGAGUCCUUUCCUUUCUCUCAUACACAAGCAGUGCCGUUCACUGCUAUGGGAGGAAAAUGUCAAGGGUGGGCUGAAUGUUUUCAGUGAAGAAGGGGUGCAGCUCACUGACAGAGGGUCUGCUUUUCCAAAUUUCCAUCAAGGUGAGGUUGAAAAGAUUGGCCCACAGUUCCCUUUGUAAGGAAAAGAAAACACUUUGUCAAGGUGUAAGAAGAAGAGGAGCUCCAUAUAUUAAAGCUACACCUCCUGCUUAGAUUUUACAGGGAAACUGUCUGCAACAGAGAAGCAGACCUACAAUACUCUCCCUGAUCUCGUGUUUUCCGUGACAGCAAAGCCCUGGCUGCUCGAGGAGGGCCAGCUUUAUCACUGCCCCUGAAAACUCAAGUCUGUAAAUCAAAUUGCAUCUCAGGCCUCCACAAUACUGCCUGGAGAACAGAAAGGGCACCAUGUGAAGAGAAUAUGGCCCUCCCUGAUGCCAAGCAGCAGCACUGAGUUGCGCCCAACAUUGGGGGCCGGUCACGUGUACAUGACAUCACACGUGUGCCCCCCCCCAGUCUGGUCAGGCCGACUCGGCCUGUUAGCUGUCUUACCUUGUGAAAGGGACACACGGGGUGAAGAUGCUUCGCCCUGCCACAUACCUGGUGAUCCUCAAAAGGACGUGGCAGGGCCAAGCAUCUUUGUCCUGGUGCAUCCUUUGGAGGAUUUCCAUAGAAUUUUGAGGCCCCCUGACUCCCUUCUUGAAAAUAUGGGGGGCUGGGCCUCAAGGCCCCUCAUGGAUGGUGCCAGUGAUAUCGUAUGACCUUCCAGAGACUGACCACUUACUGUUGGGCACAGGCAAAUUUGAACCAUUUCAUUCCCCCUAUUUUCCCACUGUUUCCUCCACAGUUCCACAUCUGCCUGGGAAUUUUUUUUUAAAAAGUCCUCAUGAAAAUCCAUCAGCAUUUCAGUGUGAAAUUCUCCUAAAAUACUCUGUUUCUGCAGGGCAAUUCCCUCCAAAACCCAACUUUUGUCAGGUUAUUGUCCACUGCAUAUGCUCUUCUGUGCACGCUUUAGCCCAGUUUGUGCAUUUUUGUACACAUCGUUUGUCUGGAAAACUGCCCUGCAAAAUUCGGAGAAGUGCAAAUUACAGCGUCUUGAUUCGCAUGUUGUUUCACAAAGUGCAAAUUAGUAGAGUUCACCUUUAAAUGCUGAAUCAAAUUACUCUGCCAUCCUGGCUAGCUGCCUUGGGAAGAGGAAGAAACCCCUCCACAUGUGGCUUUUAAAAGAAGUAGGUGCGGCUAGUCCUCAUGAGAUACAGCUGCCUCCCCCAACCUGGUGCCCUCCUGAUGUUUGAGGGGUACAACCCCUGUCAGGGAUGGCUGGGAUACAGGAUCGCAAUCCGGGAAGCAGCCCACAAAAGCUAAAUGCCUACCAGAAAGUCUCUGACUCACUGUUGGGAAGGGGAAGAAUAAUACAUAUUUCUGCAGAAGGAAUAGCGUGCCAAAACUACGGGAAAAGUUAUUUUUCUUCACCUCCAUAAAAUAUAUUUGCUCAUGUUAUAUUUAGCGAGUCAAGUUCCCUCCAGGGAUUAAAGGCCCCCUGUGCCUAAGAAAACUUAGCCAUGAAGUUUCCUAGGAAAAUGUUGUUUUAGCACAGCACAUCUGAUAGCUGAUCACGCCAUUAAAUUGGAACAUAAUGUUGUGUUUAUUGAUUCAAUUAAUCUCCCCACAACCCACAGGGCUGCCUAAGAAACCCAAUGGCGGAGAAGAGGGAAGCGUAAGGUUGGGUGAGGCGGAAACAGACAGGGAGAUUCACGUCUCGUUGACGCAGCUCAAUACUUUAAGGAGGCAGCUGUAUUGGCACUCGGGCACCCUCCCAAGGGGUGGGUGGGGUCGGAGACCACAUUUGGCCCCCAUGCCUGAGGCUACCCAUUUCUCCCACAGGGACUGCACUGGGUAACAGCAGCCAUUUCCCCACCUGAGUUGGCUUUCUCGGCCUUUGGGACACCAACAGUCAUGACACCAAUCCGCACCAACAUUUCAGACCUUUCUACAUGCCCCCAAACUGACUUAUCCUAAGAAAGAAGAAAUUUUGAAGAUGGAAGGGGAGGGUCAUGAAUGAAUAUGAAGAUGCAGAGCAGGGAGCAACCAUUAUAGCUUCACCCAGUGAAGGAGGGACCAUUGCUCAGUGGGUAGAAGGGCUGGGAAUGUCCCCUGCUGGAAUUGCUGGAGAGAUGCUUCCAGUCAAAGUAGAUGUACCAGUGGCCUGAAACAGCAUAAGGCAGCUCUGUAUUCUUAUCUCAGACAUGAACUAAUGUCUGAGGAAGGCAGAGCAUCUGCUUCUCAUGCAGAAGUUUCCAGGUUCAAUCCCUGGCAUCUCUAGUUAAAAAGGAUCGGGAGGCGUCGAUGGGAAAGGUGCUUUUCUGCCUGAGGGCCUGAAGAGCUGCUGCCAGUCAGAGCAGACAUCACUGGUCUUGAUGGAAAAUGAAUCUGGCACGUUAUGCAGCAGCUUCCCAUGUUCCUGUUUGGCGGACAUUUUAAUGCAUGUUCAUAAAAUGGAGGGAUUAAAAACGAAUUUGCGGAAUAGGGCAAAGUCCAGUUUCCCGUCUUUUCUUAAAUGAAUGUAAUAACAGAAGAGUAAUGAGGCUGGGGAGCAGAUGUGAAUGAGAAAAAGCAAAUGAGCAAAAGAAGCUGACACAAUCUGGACUUGGAAUGACCAGAUAUAUGUGUGUGUGUGUAAAAUUAUUUACAAGCUGUUUUGAGUUUUGAACUGACCACAAAAGGGGGGGGAGUUGACUUAUAUAGGGGCAGGCCCAGAGUCUUGCUGCAGAUACUAACCAGAACACUUUGCUCCUUUUUAUAGUGUCCGCACACCCUCUCCCCCACUGUAAGAACACCCAAUUUGAUGCAUGGAAGCGCAUCAUGGAAUGCAUCCUUGCAAGACGCUCUUCCUCGCUUUCAUUUCAGGGGUUGCAGAGGACCCAUUUCAUAUAUUUUUUUAACAUCUUCACUCCUGUUUUCCUUUCUUCCAUCAUCUCUUUUUUUUUGGGGGGGGUGCACCAGGGGGAAGAAAACGGCUUAAAUUCUACCCCUCCUCUAGAUGACUCCAGAUGGGCUUGGUUUGUAUAGCGAAAGGACUACUGCCAGAAGUUUGGUCCUCUGGGGUGGAGGACCUCUUUAAGACUGAGGGCCACAUUCCUCUCUGGGCAACAUUCUGGGGGCUGUAUGUCCAUGGUGGGAGAGGCCAGAGGAAAAAGUGGGUGGAGCAAUGGAGGUCCAGUUUCUCUUUGCACAGAAGGCUGGCGUUACGCAAACACCCCUCUACCUUCCGUUCAGGCGAGAGCAAGAGGUAUUAUCAGAGUUCAAGGACACAUUCCAGCCAGGCAAAAGCACUGGUGUGGAAAGGGUGUGGCCUGGGGAGAGUCUAGCAGCCUGGAGGGCUAGAUUCAGCCCAAUUUCCCCCACUUAUAUUGUACAUGGUGUAAGGAAAGGCACACCACUGGGCUGGGAACUGUCUUCAACCUACAUGGUAGAUGGUCCUACUGAGGCUUAUUUACAUGGCUCUCCCAUCACCAGCCCAUUCUAUCCUUACACCUGCUUUGUGAGGUAGAAGCUACAAUAUCCGGACUGGUUUAACUCUCAAUUCCUCAUCACUGGGAACUCAGGGAAUCAUGGCUCUGCGAAGGGAAUAGGGUCCUUCUAACAACUCUCAGCACCCUUAAGAACAUACGAAGAGCGUGCUGGAUCAGGCCAAUGGUCCAUCUAGUCCAGCAUCCUGUUCUCACAGUGUCCAGCCAGAUGCCUCAAUGGGAAACCCACAAGCAGGAUUUGAGCAGAAGAGCACCAUUCCCCUCUUGUGGUUUCCCACAACCCCUAAGAAACUACCACUCCCAGAAUUAUUUUAUGAUUGCUGAAAAUGGUAUCGCAGCACUUUAAAUGUCUGGUGUGAAUGUGGCCUUGUUUUAGUGCUAUGAGAGGAGGUGAAACCUGCUGAGAGGUCUAAGGCAGGGCGUGGUGGUGACAGCAGAAAUUAUUUUUAAUGGCUGGUGGCUGCCAUGCUCUCCACCUCCUAGAAGCCUCCUGUGAGCAAGGCGGCUACAUUAGGGGGCAGUGCCAUAUACGGGGGGCUUCUUGGGACCCUGUAUGGCACCCCUUGCUGGCAACCCAGCACAUUUCUGGCCUAAUCUCCACGCCACGCCAUGCGGCCCGUUGUAAAUUCAGCUGUAUGGGAAGGAUACGGCCGUCGUUUAAAUGGCUAAAGUGUCAGGGCAAUCCAGGUUACUGGCUUCCCAAAACGGGUCCUGUGAGAAAAAUGGACUGGGCAGCAAAGUCGCCGUACAAAUUGCCUCUGAAACGGCUUUCGGAAUGAACUCCUCAGAGUUCAGCCAACAUCUAAUUUUAACCGUGAGUUCCAGGAGGGAGAAAAGAAGGGUGGGGGGGGGGGGAAGAAGAAAGCUGGUGGGAAGAUUGCAGAGUUCCUUGAAGCUCUGACCUACAACAGGAAAAGAGCUGUCAGCCUCCUUGUCUCUCGUCGGGAGUCCCGGGGGAGGGAACAAGGGCAGAAUGUUUUGUAACACGUUCCCACUGUAUGUGUGUGUGUGUAUGUAUAUUUGCGGGUGGGUGGGGGUAUGGCAAAAAUGUGAUGCUUACUCAUACAUCUGCUGAGACCACUCGGGUCUGUCCAAAACCAAAGGCCACAGCAAAGCAAAGCUGAGGUCUACCUAAAAUUUCUCCCAGGCGCCUUCUCUUCCGCCUGCACCGAUGUAGAAAUAUGUGUGGGUCUGACAGGGCACAUUCCCAUGAUCGGUGUGGUGCAGUCCAGGGGGAUCUGCUGGGCACUGGGGAAGGGGGUGGACAGGCUCAGGAUGCAAAUCUGCACAUCAAUUUGUAUAAGCUGAUUUAUACAUAUAGGUGCCUCUAGGAAAUAAAGAAGUUUUGCAGUGCGUCCAGCUGGCCUGUAAAUGAGGUUUGUUUUGAAAAGGAGGAAUGGGCAGCAAAUCCGGGACUGCUGUUUGAGCCUCUUGAGCCAUCCACCCUAACAAUGUGUCUGAUGUAGUGGGCAGAAGGUUUGAACUUGAGACUCAGGUUCAAAUCUCCAUUCAAGCUGCAAGCUUCCUGGGUGACUUGCAACCAGUUGUUCUCUCUUUUUUUCUAGGCCCAACCUACAAAAAGUUGUUGGAAAUUGUGUGUGUGUGUGAGGAGGAGGAAUACAAGACUUCACUGAAUAUUCUGUCAUUUUAAGAUUCACUUUGGCAGUUGCACACUUGACACAGCUUAAGAGAUUACCUGGUGGGGUGGUGGUGGAGGAUACUCACUCGGCCAAAUAUUCAUGUUGUUUUGAUGCUGCUUGGGGUCCUCUUUCUCCUGUCCCCCAGUCCUGAGCCUCAUCUGCCUUCACUGCUGUUAUAUCUGCUUGGUGGUGUCAACCCAAAUGGUUUUGCUUGUAAGUGUCUAUGAUGUAAGAUCAUUGGCUCCCAGUAUGUUUCCGAGCACAAUUCAAAGUGCUGGCGCUGACCUUUAAAGCCCUAAACAGCCUCGGCCCAGUAUACCUGAAGAAGCAUCUCCACCCCCAGCGUUCAGCCUGGACACUGAGGUCCAGCUCCAAGGAGGGCCUUCUGGCGGUUCCCUCCUUGUGAGGUUACAGGGAACCAGGCAGAGGGCCUUCUUGGUAGUGGCGCCUUCCCUGUGGAACACCCUCCCAUCAGAUGUCAAGGAAAUAAACAACUAUCUGACUUUUAGAAGACAUCUGAAAGCAGCUCUGUUUAGGGAACUUUUUAAUGUUUGAAGUUUUAUUCUGUUUUUAAUAGUCUGUUGGGAGUUGCCCAGAGUGGCUGGGGAAACCCAGCCAGAUGGGCGGGGUAUAAAUAAAUAAGUAAAUAAAUUGUUGUUGUUGUUGUUAGAUGACAUGGUCACACAGCCAAUAGGACUAAAGAUCAAUGUGGACAUAUGAGGCAAUGGGCUGGGAAAGCAAGGAUGAACAAAGAAGGGAGAAGAGCAUCUAAACAACAAGUGCCAGCAACCCCAGCUACGCCUUCUCCUUGGAAUAGUCACAUGGGCAGUGACACCCAAUAAGAGAAUAGACUGAAUUAGCUUAGAGAGAGUGAUGACAUUAUUAAUGGCACGUGAAGGUCACUGAGUGAGAGCAAGUAAGGGCAAUCAAACAAUAAGCAAGGAGAGUGGAAGUAUUUAAAAAAAGAGGGUAUUUUUUCCCAAUACAGUGGUACCUCGGGUUGCAUACACUUCAGGUUACAUACACUUCAGGUUACAGACUCUGCUAACCCAGAAAUAGUACCUCGGGUUAAGAACUUUGCUUCAGGAUGAGAACAGAAAUCGUGCUCCGGCGGCGCAGCAGCAGCAGGAGGCCCCAUUAGCUAAAGUGAUGCUUCAGGUUAAGAACAGUUUCAGGUUAAGAACGGACCUCCGGAAUGAAUUACGUACUUAACCCGAGGUACCACUGUCCGGUGAAAAUGUUUACAAAAUCCAACCAACUCAGAGCAAGUUUGAGUCAGCUGUACUGUAAACCACGAGAAGGGAAUCUGAGCUGCACUGGAGUUUGUUGAAUUCCAACUCCCAUCAUCCUCGAUCACUGGGCAGGGUGUUUGGAGCUGAUGGGAGUUGAGUCCCACAACACCUAGAGGGUUGACCGGUUGCACCAACUCAUAAUUGUAUUGCUAAACUUAUUUAUGCUAAGCAUGUAAGCAAUUCUAACUGGUGCACAUGCUUGCUGGAGAUCUUGGGCUGUACAGGCUCAGUAUUAGAGCAUCUGUUUUGCAUACAAAAGGUGACAGGUUCAAUCUUCAGCAUCUCCAGGUAGAUUUGGGAGAGACUCCUGUCUGAAAUCCUAGCGAGCUGCUGCCAGCUAGUGCAGGCAAGACUGAGCUAGAUGGAGCAAUGGUCUGACUCCGUAUAAGGCAGCUUCAUAUGCUCCCAAGAGUUAUUAUUUCACUCUGGGGAACAACCACAACACAGAUGGUUACAUGUUCUCAAACUUUCAACUCUCUCCACCCCGUCCCUCACAACAUCCCUUUUAGCAAUGAAUGAGAAAAUCAAGAAAAUAAAUCCUCAAAGGCUCCUUCGAAGACGGACGUAAAACUGUUUUUAAGACCCUGAGAGUUUUCAAGUACCCUAUCUUCACUCCCACAGAUCCUAAAGUGUGACAUUUGUGAGCAAUGAAUGUUGUGGAAUCUGGUGUUUGUGAACAAUUAAGAGUUUCUGGGCUAAGACCAGAAACUCAGCUUUUAAUCAAAGUCUCGAUUUUUUGGGGUUGGGGAAUGUCUCGAGGAGCUAAAAUCUGGCCGGCAACAUCUGCUAGUUUAGCGUAGAAAUAAUAAUAACCAAGAUGUAUAUAGUCUAGGGAGAGGAGAAUGUGCUAACACUGCAACAACACUUGGCUAGAUUUUCAAAGCUUUCAAAAGGUUUAAUGAGUUACUGUCUGAAGGCAGGAAACAACUUAAGACCCUUGUUCAUCUGUUAUCUCUCUUUCUCUCUUACACGCACACACACACACGUUGAAACCAGGCACUCUAGCAAUUUAAUUUAAGCAUUUCUAAAUUCCAAAUCAGGAAGUCCCCGGCUGGAUUGCUUCUGUAAUGAAGUACCUAGACAGCUAGCCUCUACCCUCACAUCUGCAAUAUGUGAAUAACAUUCGUCGAACUCAGAGGGCUGUGCUAAAUAUUGCAAGGUAUUCCAUGUGAAACACUUGGAAACAUACUUGUUAUUAGGGAUGGGGGAGAAUUUCAAUUCAGGUAGCAUUUAAAGAUGAGCCUACCUAGUUUCGUACUUUCCACAGGAAGUCUCAAACUGAAACGCAGCCAGCCAUAUUCAUGGGCACUUCUCUGAAUUUUGCAAUGCAGUUCUCCAGCCAAGUAAUGUGUACAAAAAGCAUAUAUUAGGGACAAGUGUGCACGGAAAUGCAUAUAUUUGUGAAAGCAGCAUGCAAAAAUGCUAAGUUGUGGAAUUCCCUCCCCACGGAGGCACAUCUGGCUUCUUCGCUAUCCAGCUUUUGGUGAAUGCUGAAGGUGCACCUCUUUGUCGUGGCCUGAGAUGUGCAUUUUUAGGAUCCACACUAUUCCUUUGACUGUAAUCUGUUUUAACUGUUUUUAAUUCUGAACUUUGAAAUCGUUGUAACCUGGCCUGAGUCCUGGUGUUGAAGGGCUGGUAAUACAGUGGUACCUCGGGUUACAUAUGCUUCAGGUUACAUACGCUUCAGGUUACAGACUCCGCUAACCCAGAAAUAGUACCACGGGUUAAGAACUUUGCUUCAGGAUGAGAACAGAAAUCGUGCUCCGGCGGCGCGGCAGCAGCGGGAGGCCCCAUUAGCUAAAGUGGUGCUUCAGGUUAAGAACAGUUUCAGGUUAAGAACGGACCUCCGGAACAAAUUAAGUACGUUACCAGAGGUACCACUGUACUGCUACAGCUGCUAGCUGCUUUGCAGAGAUGCAUACAUUAGGCAAAACUGCAUACAAAAAUGUGUAUUUAGGAGAGAUUCACACUGAAAGGAGGGCUCAGCAUGCUUAGUAGAUGUGGGCUGACUGGGUGGGACGGGAAAUGGCAGAAAACAGGGGCGAGGAGGACAAAUGGAAUAGAAUUAUCCUGGAAGUGGGUCUGGCUGGCUGAGUAGAACCCUGAAAAAAAGCAGUAAAGGUCUCUCAGCGGACCUUUAUUCCAGUGAAGGUCCCUCACUUGUCAUUUGUAUUUUGAUGCAAGAGGUCACUGGAUAAUGGAUAUCCCCAUCAUUUCUUGGUAGAAAGCAUUUUAGCUAAAAGUAAAAAAAGAGAGCACCCCUUAAUAUUGUAACUACUAAUUGAUGGAAAUAAAUAAAAUACAUAAAUAUCAAUUUGAGCAGGCGCUCAAUCAAAUGUCACCAAGCAAACAAAUGAAACCGAGUCUGGGCAUAGCAGCCUUUUUUUUUUGAAAUUAUCAAUAAUGUCUGUUAUUGAUACGGAUCAUCAUUCAUAUUGUGCAAUGUGGUUUAUAUAUUAUGAUUAAACAGGCUGGCGAACCCAUCUUUUAUUGUUAAAAACACAAAAUUAUUUAAGUGGAUGAGGUCAUGGGGGUUGACUCAAACUAGGCUGUUCUAUGCGGGCGAUGAACAGCAAGCCUGGGGCCUGAAUGCAUCCCUCCAGGACUCUCUGUGUAGCCACUCUUUGGUACUCCCCUCAAGCCACUCCCAAUCCCAGGCCACACCCCUCUCCUCAAGCCACACCCAUCACCGGCCCUGUUCUAUGCUGUCCUCAAACGCUUUUGCCUGGCUGGAAUGUGCCUUUGAACUCUGGUAAUGGCUUUUGCAUGCCUGGAUGGAGGACUGAAGUUUGUGUGUGUACGUGUGUGUGUGUGUGUGCGCGUGCAUGUGUGUGUGUAAAGCUCUGACCUUUGUGUGGCUGGAAUGUAUGAAGGUAAGAGUCACAUCAAUUGCUACACCCACUUUUGUCUCAGACUCUGGCAUGUGACCUCUCCUGAAAAGUCACUAGCAGUUCCAUGCAAAUUUCACUUAAUGAAUAUGCAUUUUUGAUUAGUGUACACGUUUUUACAAGCAACUGUCCCGAAGACAUUUUUGCAUGCCACUUUCACCAUUUUCUUCAUUUUUAGGCACAAUUUCUCCUAACAGUAGGGCUGCUAUACGUCUGGGUUUUCCUGUAGACAUCCACAAAAUGUCUGGGGAAACCCGGACGUAUGGCGAAUAGGGCGAUUAAAAAAAAAAAAAAGCUUUUAAAAGCCCCCGAAGCCCCAAAACUUUGAAAAAGAAAGAUCUCAACAACUUUGUCUGGAUUUUCACUUUGGGGAAGAUGGCAACCCUACCACCAGAUACAUUUUUGUAAAUGUUGUUUGUUUGGAGAACUGUACCGCAAAGUUCAGGUACGUGCGAAUUCUGAAGGUCAGUUCUCGUAUUGUUUCGGAAAAGUGUAAAUUGGAUGGAUUGGCCUUUAAAUGGGGACUGAAUCAAAUUACUCCCCCCCCCCACCUUCCCAGUGCUGGCCAAACCGCCCCCCACCCCCACUCACAAAGUCAACCCUAGAAAAAUCUUGCUUUACCAUUCAGAGACCAAGUCACAUCUUCAUCCAUUGCCUGCCCUCUCCCACACCACGGUGCCACCUGAGGUUCAUCACCUCGCCCUGCAAAUUCUGUACUGGGUGCCCUUGUGUAGCUUAUGGGGAGACAGUAGGAAAUUGGCUCCACCCUGAACCUCCAUUUUGUACUUGGCUCCUCCCACUCACCCCACUAUUUUGCACCUGGACCCCAGGGUUUCUAAGUACGCAAAGCAGACCUCCGAAGUCCUCCCACCUGCUCCGUACCAUGAAGCCCUUUGUGUUUCCUGAAAAUGGCUCUGUUCCGGUCUGUAGGGUGGUGGUGGGAAGCUGCUGCUCAACAUGCCCUAAAAGACUAAACUAAUGUUUCAUUCCCAGGCCAUUCCUCCUGCUUCUUUAUAAAUCUAUUUAUUCAUUUCUGCUACUUCCCCCCCCCCUUUUUCUUUAAAUGUUCCCUCCACUCUGGAAUGCUUUCUUUCUUUUCUCUCCCUCUCUGGCGCUCCGGGUUAUGUGAAAAAAUCUAUGCCAAGCUGGUCCGUAGGCGUGGCAGAGCCGAUCUGGUUUGCGCGUGACAUGUUCUUUGACGUACUGUGUGGUCAAGGAGCCGGGGGCCGAGGGGGGGGGUUGGUAAUCUGAACGUCGGCCAAGCCUUGCACUUCAGUUUCCUGACCUGGCAAGCAUUCAGAGAGACCCCACUAAGUGCUAUUUCCUAAAUACACUCUCUUUUCAUAACAAUCUUACCACAUUUUGCUUUACUUUUUUAUUUUAUUUUUUACAAGCACUCUUUUUUUAAAAGAGAAACCGGACUCCUUCGAGGCGGCCUCGCAUUUGGAAGUCAUCAGAAACCCCGGACUCUAAACAAAAAACAUUAUUAAUGCGUUGUAAUCUGCCCUCGACGUUCCAGAUGAAAAGGAGAAGGGGAAAGAAAUGGUUUAUAGUUCUGGAGUUAUAAGGUUUUAAUUGCCUUUUUAAGAGCGUAGAAACUUUUGAGUGCUCCCUGUUAUAAAAGAGCAGUAUCUGUUUCUUGAUAACUGGCAAAUGAUCUCAACUAUUUUUAUGAGGUUCUCUCCACCACCACCCAUCCCCACUUUGGCCUUCCUGGUCCUCCCCCCGCCAACCCCCCCUUAACUCACUGGCUUUUUCAUCCCCUCUUUCCUUCAAGUGUCACCCCCAUAAAGGCACCGUUCAGAUCAUUUCUGAUAUAAAACUGGAAGGGAGCUUUGGCCAAAGAGAAACUUCAUUACAAACAACUCCUUUACAAUCUCCACCUCACUAUAAAACACUUGAUUCCAGAAAAUGAGUUCUAUAAAUAAGGGCAGCGGUUUGGGGGGGGGAAGUGGGGAAUGACAGCUUCUUGCAAGAGGAUCAUAUACAUCUGGCUAAAAUAACUGUGCUCCUUUAAGUAACCGGAUUUCUAAAUAUUAUUCCUUUGUGUCUACUGCAUUUUAGCGAUGGGAAUGGCUUCACCGAGCCACACCCCCCUGAAAACAAAACAGAAAUCCUUUCAUCAGGAGUAAGAAAGUAAAUUCAGAUUGCAGGUAAAGUCGAUUUUAAGGCACACUCAUUGCCUGAAAAGAUUUUUUUAAAAAGCAAAGUGUAAUGAAAACUGCCUCCAUCUCUUUCUCCUCCUAGGUCUGAAAUGGAGAGUUGGAAGACCUAGUCUGAAUAAAGUUUAUUUGGCUAAACCAGGGGUCUCCAACACAGUGCCUUCUGCCACCCCCCUGGGUGCCCACUAAGCCCCCUUCCCCCUUUAAAUUCAGCGGGAUUUAGCUUUGUGGGGGAGGAUUGCUAUUUGGGGAGCGCUGUGUUUUAUUUAUUUUGGUGUGUGUUGGGUUGAUGGUGGCUAUCUUUUUGAAGAAUCACCCCUCUAGCCUACCAUGAAAUGGACAUUAUGUGAACCCCACAGGAGUUUCAGAUUUCCAAAUGUGCCCCCAGCUCAAAAUAAAAAAAACAAAAAACCCAAAAAACUUUGGUGAGCCCAGACCUAAACUGAUCCAGUCAAAAUGAAGAGAGGGAUAAUUGCUUCUUUGUGCUUUAAUCAACAAUCAUAUAAAAUGGGGUGGGGGGAGGGAUCUCAGGUCUGGGGGCCAAUUGCAGCCUGCCAAGCACCUUUAUCUGCCCCACUCAUAUAGCUGCUCACCUCUGACAGUAUGGAGCAGCAGAGAGAUGCACCGCCAUCCAAUCUGUUUCACAAGCCCAUAUUGUGGGCAGAGGAGUAGGGGUACCAUUUCUGCAAUUUUCUGGAUGUGGUGGUGAUGCUGAACUUAUGUUGUGGUAAAAAGGUAGAGGUAGCAACAGGAAGAGCAAUCCUUGCAGACGUUGCCAUGAGGAUUGUAAAUACCUCCCCCCUUCUUGUGAUUUGAAUUUGUUUUGUUUUUAAUGUAUUUUAAAUUGUUUAAAACUUUGGGAUCUUAGGAUGAAGAGUGGGUAAUUAACAGUAAUUAAUAGCAACGAUGCAGCUGCCAGAAAUAAAAUUUUAAAGGUAAUUCCGCACCCCCUUUUAGCCCCGAAACCAUAUUCGGUUUGGGAUGAAAGCUCAAUAUCCCAAGUGGUUUGCACAACUUUAGACCUUACUGGACCUUUGUAGGUUUGUGCACCAGGUCUUUCAAGUAGCUAACAACACCCCUGCCCACAAAUGACAGGUGUCUAGCUGGUGGAAAUAAAAGGGCCUUUUUAGUUUUAAAAUCUGGAUUGUGGACAAACCUCCUGAGGGAGUUGUAUUUGUCCCGUCCCAUUCUUGAGACCCCUCUGCUUGACCUUGCUGCCAGUGACAGGGCCUUGGAAACUGUUGUGCUCCUCCUGUCUUUCGAAGGAGGCCCAUGUCACACAGCGAGAGCCCCCAUUUCAGAUUCACUGGCUGCCAGGCAGAAGAGGUGAUGGAAAGGUAACUGGGAUGCAUCCCACAACUCUUUCUGUUUACACAGCCAUUCUAUAAAAUAUGUAGAAAUGCUAAUUUAUUUAACCACCCAGAGAUUUUGCACCAAAAGCAGAAUAUAUCUCAGUGUAUUGAAGCCUCUGUAUGUGUGAAUGUGUACGUAUUCUCCCUUUACAAAUCCAAGGAUAUGCUUGUGACCCCAUUUUCCAUCGAAGGGGAUCCAUUCUGGUUUUGGGGGGGGAAUGGAGCUUUCCACUCCUCUACACCCUCACAACAAUCUGGGAAGGGUGGUAGCUCAGUGGUAGAGCAUCUGCUUUGCAUGCGGAAGGCUUCAAUCCCCUCUUCCACCACCUCUACCUCCAGGUAACUGGAAAGGGGACAUUAUACCCACAAAAGAGGACUGGAUAGAUAAGCUAUAUGAAUUUAUAGAACUGGCCAAAUUAACAGCAGUCAUAAGACACCAGUCAAAUCAGAAAUUAAGGAUGGAGUGGCAAUUCUUUGAGGAUUAUAUGAAAAAACACUGUUCUAAAGAAAAUAUGUUGAUAUGUUUAGACUAAGUACGUAAAGUUGUGCAGAUUAUGUAAAAUUAAUAAUAGGGGAAUGUUUAAAAAACCAAAAACACAAUGUAAACAAAAAUACAGAGUACAAAAAGAUGUCGAUUUGAGGUGGAGGGAAGUCACAGCGGUGAAAUGUUUACUUUAUGCUAUUGUAAAGAAUGAUUUAUUGACUAUAUACAUUUUUAAAGAGUUUAAAUAAAAGAAAAAAAGAGAUGGGAGAGAUCCUUGCAUGAAAUCCUGGAGUCAGUCAGUGCAGACAAUACUGAGUUAGAUGGUCUGAUUCAGUUUAAGGCAGAUUCCUUUGUUCCUGUGGGACAGGGGAGGCUGAAAGCAAACCGCUUCACUAAGGUAACCCAAGUGAGCAACACGUUUGAAUAUAAUAAAACAACAGUUGCUCACUCUAAAGCAAACUCAGGUGCUGAGUGCCAAAAGAAAGAAAGCCAUAACACGACAAGUGAAAUCCAAAGGGGAGAUAUUGGUAUGUUCGUAGGAACCCUGAGGUUCGCAGAAGUACUUAAAACAACAACUACCCUAAGAUCUCCCCCUUCCCGAAGAAAAGUCCUGUCUGCUAAGAUUGAGCAUGCUCAGUAACCACAAAAUUCUAAGUGUCAAGUGUUAUAUUUUUAAGUCUCCUGAAGGAGGGUUUAGUGGGUUGGCAAGAACCCUGCCAAGGAGGAUAUUCUGCAACAUCUUGAUGCAAGUCCCACUUGCACCAGUACUAAAAAAUAAAGAACCGGGGCUGAGAGACACAUACAUCAGCACAGUGAUCUUUACAUCAACCCUGUAAGGUAGGCUUCUGUUAAUUAUUACCAUAUUGCAGAUGGAGAGGAAACAAGACCUAGAAAAUAGCAGCCUGCCUAGCGGUACGCUGUGUUUGUGACUGAAGCACUUCCGCUCGGAUGUUCUCCCACCUAGGCUUUGACAGCUUCAGGAAAAAGCUGCCUGGCCCUCCCCGGGACACAUACCUUCCCUAGCCGCUCCCCUCACUAGCCCUGCUUCACGCACCGUCCUUGAGUUUUUUUGCUUCGCUGGGAUGUGUCCUUGAUCGUGUUUCUUGCUUGCCUGGAUGGAGGACAGAGACAGGCGUGUGGGGGUAGAAAGUAGCCUACUGGACAAAGAUAAAAUUGACAAUCCUUGCUUCUGGCCCCGCCUAUCACAGAAGGUCGCCCAGAAAGGAAAUCAAGUCGAAAAGGUCUUCUUUAGCUCUUCUUGGCCAUGCUGGGUGGGCCUGAGAACCCAUCACUGAACUGGAAGAUUUUGUGGCUCACCACAGACAUGGUCAACCCUCCACAGAGUUGAGGUUUCCUGGUUUAAGUCCUCGACUGACACUCCAAUCUUUUGGAAUGCCCCAUGCAAAAUAAAAAUGGUGGUGCUGUUUGGGUGGCACAUCAGUUGUAGGUCUUGGGGGAGCCUAGAAAAGAUCAAAUUUUGGAGCUCUCCUCAUCCUCAAAAACACUGGAGGCAAGUCCAUUAUGGCAAACCGGGUACUGCCCCAUCAAUCUUCCUGCCUUCUUACACACGUCCAGUUCAGGAGGUUUGUGUACUGCUGGUCGGCUUGGUCCUCCUUUGCUCCUGCAGAUGGGGCAGAACUAGAAAUAAUUGACUCCGCCUAUCAUUGGCUUUGGGCUCCGCCUACUGUGAGCCUCCUUGCCUUCCAACCUACCUGUCCCAAUGGGCACUUGGCACCACUACUCCAAAGCUGGCUCUCACUCUGGAUGAGGAACAGACACAAAGGGAGGGGAGUGGACAGGAAGGAGAGGGAGAAAACCAGAGACCAAUCCUCAUAAUGGGGUGUCAGCCUUGUAAUUCAACAUGGCUCCAGCCCUGCCUUGCCGACCGAGGACAACAUGUCGCUUUUGAUGGCGAGCUGCUCAAUAAACUUUUAUGGUCUCGCCUUAAAGGAGAAACAGCUGCCGAAGUCAAAAGCAGCUGCGGUCAGCAAUAAAGCAGAGUUGGCCCACGAUCAGCUCCACUCUCACCAGUAGGUGGUAUUGUGGUCAGCAACUCAGCAGUAAUUACUACAGAGAAUUCCCCAUGAGAGAAGGGCAACGGGAGAGGCACAAAGAACUCACUGUUGCUUUAUUUCCGAAGAAGAAGAAGAAGAAGAAGAAGAAGAAGAAGAAGAAGAGAGGAAACUGUGCUACCAAUUUGGAUCAUCCAACCACUUGGACAGCACCAUGA